UGACUAACAGCAAUUUUACCUGAACUAAUAAAAAUGGCGCUCGCCGAUGUUUGUGGAUUCCGUGAUACAUCACUUCAAACUAAAAUAUUUGGUGGAAACAGAGGAACAGAUGCAUCGCAAUUGUUUCAAGACGUAGAAUGUUUAUCUCAAAAUUUUUCGAUGCCAUACAACUUUGAUCCGGUUCAAAAUUUACAACAAUUUCAAGAGAAGGACAGCAAGGUAAAAAUUCACUUUGACCAUGGUACUACAACACUUGCCUUCAAGUUUCAACAUGGUGUUGUAGUGGCUGUUGAUUCAAGGGCUACAGCAGGACCUUACAUUGGUUAGUAUUCAGAUUUUGUCUU